GAAUACUGGUGCUCGAUAAGGAUGUCCACAGGAUACUCUGAACAAGAAGCCAAUGUUGACAAACAACAAAAACAAAUUGCUUUAUAAUAUUCUUCAAAGAUAAGAAUGAUUAAAAAAUUAGAUUUUCACAAUAUAUUACUCUGUAAUGUUUCAAUUUUUUUGGCAAAGCAAUCGGAAGGGUUUUAAUCCAGCAGCAGAUAAGCAGAGAAGAUUUCAUAUUGGGAAAGAAUGAUGGGUGCAGAGGUAGUAAAGCAGAUAUGGCGCAAUAGAUGGCUUCUUUUAGUUGCAAGCAUAUGGGUUCAAUCGUGUGCAGGACUUAGUUAUGUGUUUGGAAGCCUGUCACCCAUUAUCAAGACCUCCUUUCACUACAAUCAGAAGCAGAUAAACAGAUUGGGUGUGGCAAAGGAUUUUGGUGGCAGUGUUGGAUUGCUUGCAGGGUCCCUCACUGAAGUUCUACCUCCAUGGGGACUUCUAUUGAUUGGUGUGUUGCAAAACCUGGUUGGAUAUGGUUGGCUGUGGCUUGUAGUCUCACACAGAGCACCCACCUUGCCAUUUUGGAUGAUCUGUGGGCUUCUGUGCAUUGGAGCCAAUUCAGAAACAUAUUUCAAUACAGCUGCACUGGUGUCAUGUGUGAAAAGUUUUCCCAAGAGCCGAGGGCCUAUUGUUGGAAUACUGAAGGGGUUUGCAGGCUUAAGCGGAGCAAUAUUUACACUGAUAUAUGUGGCCUUGUGUGCCCCUCAUCAAACUGCCUUCAUUGUCCUGGUGGCAGUUGGUCCUCCGAUGGUGAUCAUAGGCAUGAUGUUUGUUGUGAGGCCGAUUCCCAUCGGAGAGCAGAAGAAAGAAUCUGAUUCUAGCUACUUCAAUUCCAUAUAUGGCCUCUGCAUGUUAUUGGCUGCCUAUCUGAUGGCUGUCAUGCUUAUGCAAGAUCUCUUUGAUGUGAAGAGGACAUUAAACAUGAUGUUCUUCAUUGGACUGCUUAUUCUCCUGCUUCUUCCUCUGGCUUUGCCUCUGAUCUCAACCUUUUCUGCGGACACUCCUUCCACUAGUCCUGCAACGCGUAAACCACUUCUGCAAGAUGAUCCACCCAUGACAACAAUUGGACAACAGUAUAUCCAUGAUAGUUUUCUUCUUAGUGAAAUUGAGGAUGAGAAGACCGAAGAUGUGGAUCUUCUCUCAGAAUUUGAGAGAAGAAAGCGUUUGUCCUGGUUACAAAGUCGCUUGCUGCAUGCUGCUGCAGAAGGUGCUGUGAGAAUCAAAGGAAGAAAAAGACCUCGCAGAGGAGAAGAUUUCACUCUGAUGCAGGCUCUCAUAAAGGCUGACUUUUGGCUACUCUUCUUUGCCCUACUGUUUGGAGCAGGAUCAGGCUUGACUGUCAUUGAUAAUCUGGGUCAGUUGAGUCAAUCAUUGGGUUAUGAUAAUUCUCAUAUUUUUGUGUCCAUGAUAAGCAUUUGGAACUUCCUGGGUCGUGUUGGAGGUGGGUCCCUGUCUGAGAUUGUUGCCAGGGACUAUGCAUAUCCGCGACCAGUGACAAUGGCAGCAGCUCAAGUUCUAAUGGCUAUUGGGCAUUUUCUUUUUGCAAUGGGUUGGCCUGGAUCUCCGUAUACAGGGACUUUGCUUGUUGGUCUAGGAUAUGGUGCCCUUUGGUCUAUAACACCAGCUACUCUUUCUGAACUCUUUGGGCUGAAAAAAUUUGGCGUUCUAUACAAUUUUGUUACCAUGGCUAAUCCCAUAGGAUCUUUAAUAUUCUCCGGUUUAAUUGCUGGUUCAAUCUAUGAUUGGGAAGCAGAAAAGCAGCACCAACCAAGUCACCAUAUGAAGGCUGGUACUAUGACAAAUGGAUCUUUCAGAGAUGAUCACCCCUUGAAUUGUGUGGGUGUAGUGUGUUUUGCUCUCACAUUCAAGAUCAUGGUAGGAGUGUGCAUCUUUGGGGCAAUCCUGAGUAUGAUACUUGUUUACAGGACCGGAAGAGUUUAUCGCACCCUCUAUGCACAACAGAGUUCUUCUAGAAAGGAUAUUAAAACUGUAGAUGCGGGAAAUGAUCAGAAAGCACUAUGCAGUGUCUAGUCUGGGGAGACAGCACUGCCGGAAACAGAAAGGAACACACCCAUUAAGGGGUAAACAUUGAAUUUUUAUGCUGAUUCUAUCUCAAAGGAUAGAAAUCUACUGCACUUUCUAUAUGAGGAGUAGAGGGUGAGUCCCAAUUAGUGCCUGUGCCAUAAGGAGCCCAAAUACCUACAAUUUGCUAUAGCCUAAAUGAAACAAUUAAGUUUAAGCCUAAAAAAAUGUGGAGUUGGAGCUCUCACCUCUUUUAUCUGUUUCAGCAUUGAUAUUUUCUUAGUGGGGCUUCUCAUGACUCUGAUCUGAGCAUGACGAGUGCCAAUAUUGCUCUUUGGCGGCCAUUUUGAAAAAGGGUCACCUUUAAUUCUGUCAUUUAGUAAGACAAUUUGGAUAAGAUCCUGGUUUGUGUUUCUGCAACUGAUCUACAUGCCCACUUCUUAUCACUGAAUGUAGAACGAUUGCUUUAGGUUGAACAAUAUGAAUCUGAUGUGUCGGGGAAGCAUAUAAAAUUGGCUUCGUAGCCUUCACUGAUUAUAUUUGAGACAAUAUUAGUAGCAAACAAAGCCAUUUCCGGACAGGAGGGAAGCAUGUCCCAUCUCUAUGAUAGUGGAAGAUUCCAUGGGCAGGACCCUAUCUUGUGGUUUCCAGGGAUCUAACAAUGGUUUAUGUUUAGGGUUUUUUUAUUGAAUAGACUGAUUAAUAAAACAUGAGAUUUGCAAACA